ACAAAUGAAGAGCAUCAGUUGUUACUAAGACGCGGUUAGUGAACACAUUUCGAUCGAUUUCUUUAAAUAUCUUGAAAUAUAUUGGACUAGAAAUAUGUAUUUAGUGUUGUGAUAUAAUAUUUUAAAAUACCAAAAAAAAUAUUCAUCAAAAAAUUAUCAAUUAGCAUUGAUUUCGUAUGGUGUCUCACAAGGAGACAUUUUGAGGCCAACUUCAUUUUAAUUAAUAGAAAUAGUGGAUUAUAAAAACUUGAAAUUGUGAAAUAUAUUGUUGAAUAAUACAAAAAAAAUGGUGUUUAUGAAAUACAGGUUGAAUUUAAUAGUUAUUAUAAUCUUGUUGAUACGGACAGUCAAAGUGUUUGCUAGAGAUGUGAGCAUACAAGAAAGAUCUUUGAGAGCAGAAUUUAUUCAAAAUUUGUUAAAUAGACACCACAAAUUAGAAGGGAAAAUCAAGCUCUUGGGAGGUGCAAGUAAAUAUGAAGGCAAUGUGUACAUUUUCCACGCUGGUCGUUGGGGGGCUGUGUGCGAUGACUCCUGGGAUGAUGAAGCCGCUACCGUGGUCUGCAGAGCCUUUAACAGAACUGGAAUAGCUACUGUAGGAGGACAGUAUGGAGAAGCUCAAGAAAAAUUCUGGCUAGACGAUGUAAUAUGCCAAGGAGAUGAGUCAUCUUUAUCUAAAUGUGUAUUCAAUCGAUGGGGAGCAGCCGAUUGUGAACGAGACGAGGCUGCAGGAGUUAUAUGUCUCGAUGAAUCUGAUGCUCGGCUCAAGGAAAACUCUGCUAAAGAUAUAACUCUGCCAACGAGACAGCUGAGAGAAGCUUUGGAUUUGAAAACUACUAAGUUAAGGCUGGUUGGCGGAAAAACUCUUAGGGAAGGUCGGGUUGAGAUCUUCCACAACGAUGCUUGGGGCAGCAUCUGCCCAGACGGCUGGACUAUAUACGAAGCCAACACAGUCUGUCGUCACUUAGGCCUAGGGUAUGCUGAACAGGCUCUGCAGACCUAUGUCUUCGGGUUCUCAAGUAUUGCGGUCAGUGGUAUCAGCUGUGAGGGCAAUGAGAAGAGCCUGUUUGACUGUAAGCUCAAACAGAAGGGGGAAGAUGUGAAAUGUCCUGGUGAUAUUGGUCACGCAGCAGCCGUGGUAUGCACACACUUCCUAGCAGACCUGGUGCUAGACACGCUGGCUAUAGAGCGCUCAGCACACCUGGCAGAUGUCAUGAUGUUCCAACUGCAGUGCGCUAUGGAGGAGAACUGUCUCAGCAGGAGUGCUUAUGAGGUCCAGAAAUUAAUUCCGGAUUGGCAGUACGAAACCCGACGACUAUUGCGCUUCACAGCGGGAUCACUGAACGCUGGCAAUGCUGAUUUCAGACCUUACCUGCCGAAACAUCUGUGGCAAUGGCAUUUGUGUCAUAUGCACUACCACAGUAUGGAAGUAUUCGCCACAUUCGAUGUACUAGACGCGAAUGGUCAAAGAGUGGCUGAAGGUCACAAGGCCUCUUUCUGUUUAGAAGACAACACUUGCAACCCUGGUGCCGAAAGACAAUACUCCUGCAAGAAUUAUGGUGAUCAAGGAAUUUCAGUGAAUUGUUCAGAUGUAUACAUGUACAAUAUUGACUGUCAGUGGGUCGAUGUUACUGAUCUGGCACCCGGUGAUUAUCGUUUUAAGGUAGCAGUGAAUCCUCAUGCAAGAGUGGCUGAACAGAGUUACCAUAACAAUGCAGCGUCAUGCACGUUAAGGUUAUCUACUACUUUCGCCAUGGUCUAUGGAUGUCAACUUGAAAGACCUUGAUACUGGUUGAAUUAUACUGCUUAGUAUUCAAAAAUGAGUUUUAUUAACCGACUUACGAAUAAGAAGGUUCUCAGUUUAAUAUCAACUAUGCUUAUAGAUAUUGUAUAAAUUUUUGGCCUGCAUUUAGUUUAAAAACAAUUUUAUUUUCAAAACAUUUUUACUCUUGUGAAGUAUAAAACUUAGCUGCAUGCCGCAUGCAUAGUGCUAUUUAUUUUUGUUGAAUGUAGAUAUCUUAUUAGUAUUUCGGGAGCUAGAAAAAAAAAACAAAAUAAUGAUUAAUUUCUAUGAUUUUAUUCAUGACUUAUUAAUUACUAUCACAAUGUCAUUGUACAAAUUAACAAAUACAUAUUGAGCUGACAGAGAUUACCUACUCCAAAUUAACUUAAAAUAACCUACAAGGGCAUAAAUUAAAUGAACUUUCGCUUUAUUACACUUUAUGCACUUUAAUGUUACAAUUACAAAUCCAAAAAAAGUAAAAACAUUUUUUUUAAGAUCCUGUUGUGUUU